AUGGGUCACUUGAGUAUUUUUUUCACUUUGUUGAUGUUGUUCGCACCCAUCGAUUAUUCCGGGAAAAAUGGAAUCAAAGGAAUCUCUGGAGAACAGGGUAAGGAUUAUUCGUUUAAAAAACCUCUUCCGGUGAAAAUCGACUACGAAGAAAAAUGCGGAUGUCAAGAUAAGGCAAAAAAUUUAGCGGAAGAAAUGGAAAAAGUUAAAGGAGUUGCCGGUUCUUCUACCACUGCUUUCGCCACGACUACCGCCACGACCGCUCAACAAGUCAAAUCUCCGUGUGCCGAAUCGAAAAAAAUUCAAACGAAUUCAAACGAAUCGUGCGAUAAAAAAAAUGAAAAAGUUUUAGAAUCUAAUAGAAAAAAGUCGUCGUCGUCGUCGCCGUCGCCGACGUCGACGUCGGCAUCGACGUGCGAUAAAUUCCUCAAAAUCGAAUUCGUGCAAAGCGAUAAGAAAAUGUGCGAGAAAACGGAACCCAAAAAGGGUAGCAUAGUUUGCGCGGAUUGCGAUAAAUGCGAAAUGCAAAUAAAAGCCAACGGAGAGGGUAUCAUAUUGAAAUGUCACAUGUGUCGUCAGGUACCCUCGGAGGAAAUCCUUUUUCCCACCGGAAACGGUCACAAAGUCGUCACAUUUCCGUGA